AUGGCGGAGUGGACAAUCAGCAUCGUCCUCUGGCUUCUAGCCGGUUCUUUCAUCUAUAUCCUAUUAUGGCUCAGCUAUGCGUACUUCAUCUCUCCACUUUCGUUAAUCCCAAAUGCAGGAAUCUUAGCACCUGUGUCUAGAUUGCUAUGGGCUUUCCCUUCAGAGCAUAGAGGACGUAUCACGCUAGACCUGCCACGCCUUCAUGAAAAGUACGGACCCUUAGUUCGUAUUGGUCCAAAGGAACUCUCUUUCUACUCACUAGAUAUCUACAAAACCGUCAAUACUGUUCAGAGUCCUUUUAUAAAGGAUCCGCGAGUUUACGGAGGGUUCGUGCAAGAUGCUCAUCCUGGAUUGUUUUCAAUUACGGACGCAUACGAACACGCUCAGAGACGCCGGUUAAUGGGCCAGAUUUUCAACCGGAGCAAAAUGAACCUUUUAGAAGAAUACAUGACUGAAAAAAUAGCUGCGUUUGUGCUCCUAUUACGCCAACGAGGUGUGCAGCCAGUUGAGCUUGCCCGAGCAUGUCGAGCAUUAGAGGCCGAUAUUGUUGCCUCCUUUGGAUUUGGCGAAGAUAUUGGUGCAAUUGCCGCUUGGGGGAGCGGCCAUGAUGUCAACAUUAUCAAGGAGAACGAUGACAAGGCACAAAUUAUGGCCUUAUUGUCCAACCUACCAAGCGUGACUACGGCUUGGUACCGCAUCGAGUCUAUACUUUACAAUUUCACAGGCUGGCAAACUCUCUCAACAACCGCGAUGAAAGACUUCGACAAAUGGGCAUCUUCCCAACUUGAACGCCUCACAUCCAUCUCAAAGCUACCCUUCGAGCCACACCCAAACUUCAUCUCCACCAUGAUCCGCUCGCGCCUCCCCCCCGCCAUCGCCCUCUCCGAAGCCAAAGAGAUGCUUGGGCCCGGAACUGAUACUACCUCCCUAACACUCGCCCACAUCCUCUGGGGACUCGCCCACGACAUCUCCUUCCAAGACAGCCUAGCCGCCGACCUCGCCCUCGCGCACUGGCCAACCGACAUGACCGGGCUCGAAGCGCUCCCACGUCUCCGCGCCGCUGUCAAAGAAGGCAUCCGAUGGGCUGGUGCCGCGGCCGCAAUGCUGCCGCGCAUCGUGCCUAAAGAUGGCGCGACGCUGGCGGGGAAGUUCAUUCCAGGAGGCACCGUAAUUAGCAGUUCACCAAUCUGGUAUCUCCGCGAUAAAGCCGCCUUUCCCUCCCCCGAAAUCUACCGUCCUACACGAUGGCUGGAUGGCGACGCCGAAUCGAUUAAUCCGCUGCGCGACGAGUACUACAUCCCGUUCUCGAAGGGCUCGUUCGUUUGUAUUGGCGCGCAUUUCGCAUAUCUCGAACUGUAUCUCUCGUUAUCACAGAUCCUGAAGUCUUUCCGGCUCACGUUGCCGGAUUCAGGCACAUCUAUGCUGUCGAGGGAGGCAACAUUGCCGGAAAGACUAGAAUGGGUUGCUGCUGUGCCGGUGGUUCGUUUGGAAGUUCAGUUUCUUACGAGACUGUGAUUUCGAGAUGAUGGCAUAGAACUCAAAACCUCCCGACUCUAGGCUCGUUUAGCACACACCUCUUUGUCAUAAGGAUUAACCGUUAUGUUUGUAUUAUCACUUAUGAAUAAUUUCCUAG